AGUAUGUGUUUAUCCAUGAUGCAAUCCUGGAAGCCUGUCUUUGUGGAGACACCUCUGUCCCUGCUUCCCAAGUUAGGUCUCUGUAUUACGACAUGAACAAACUGGACCCACAGACAAACUCAAGCCAGAUUAAGGAGGAAUUCCGGACCCUAAACAUGGUGACAACAACGCUGCAUGUGGAAGACUGCAGCAUUGCCCUCUUGUCCCGGAACCAUGAGAAAAACCAGUGCAUGGACAUCCUGCCCGCGGACCGCUGCCUGCCCUUCCUCAUCACCAUUGAUGGUGAGAGCAGCAACUACAUCAACGCCGCCCUGAUGGACAGCUAUAAGCAGCCUUCAGCUUUCAUAGUCACCCAGCACCCUUUGCCAAACACAGUCAAAGACUUUUGGAGGCUGGACCUGGAUUAUCACUGCACGUCUGUGGUGAUGCUGAAUGACGUGGAUCCUGCCCAGUUGUGUCCACAGUACUGGCCAGAAAACGGAGUACACAGGCAUGGCCCCAUCCAAGUGGAGUUUGUUUCUGCCGAUUUAGAAGAGGACAUUAUCAGCAGGAUAUUCCAUAUUUAUAAUGCAGCCAGACCUCAGGAUGGAUAUCGGAUGGUACAGCAGUUCCAGUUCCUGGGCUGGCCAAUGUACCGGGACACACCGGUGUCCAAGCGCUCCUUCUUGAAGCUCAUCCGCCAAGUGGACAAGUGGCAGGAGGAAUACAACGGUGGCGAAGGCCGCACGGCGGUGCACUGCUUGAAUGGGGGAGGCCGCAGUGGGACGUUCUGUGCCAUCAGCAUCGUGUGCGAGAUGCUCCGGCACCAGAGAACCGUGGACGUCUUCCACGCCGUGAAGACACUGAGGAACAACAAGCCCAACAUGGUGGACCUCCUGGAUCAGUACAAGUUCUGCUAUGAGGUGGCCCUGGAAUACUUGAAUUCUGGCUGAUGGCGUAAACAGCUCCGCAAACAAGUGCUUUCAUACCACAAAGCCAAGACGUUCCAUGGUAUUUGUGCGGAUGAGAUGAAGACUUCUCAAUAUGCUUAUUCUGCUUUGCAUAAUUGGCUCUUUUUAAGAGCCCAAGAAAAUGUUUAUAAAACUGCUUGCACUGCCCAGUUCCCAGUAGUGCUGCUGCCUGACACACACACAGCAUACGGUUGUCAAAUACUGUACUCCUGGUCACCGGCUUGUUAGAGCAGCGUAGACGGCUGGGAAAUUGAAGAGCACAACUAUAUUCUUAUGAAGGAGUUUGUACCUUUGGGGUAUUAUUUUGUGGCCCGUGACCUUUUGUUAUUGUUACAGCUGAGUGUAUGUUUUUGUUCCGUGGAGAAUGCUACUUGGCAUUAUGAUAAUAUAUUAUUUUAGUUAAUAAUUGUACUGUAACACAUUGCAUAAUACAAGCUUAUGUAGCUUUCCAGGACUAACAGAUAAACAUGUAAUGAACAAAGAUAUGUUGUAUAAGUUGUUGUUUCUAUCAGAUUUGUAUUGUUUCCAGAGGAAAAGCUUGGGAAGACUCAGUUCCAAAAUGCAAAACAAUCAGAUUCACAGAUCCAAAGCUUUUCCAUGUGUUUAUAUUGUAAAUAUUUUUGAUUUCAUCAAAUUAUUUAUUCAUUAAAAGAAAUUUUUGUGAAGCA